AUGUCACAGCCUCAAGAGUCUCAAGAGCAUCGAAUGCAAGCGAGAUCGCUCGAUAGGUUCUCAUGGUUUCAGCUCUUGCCUUCCGAACUGCAGCUGAUGGUCUUCGAGGAGGUUGUUCUUGCCACUCUGAAGCCUCGUGUUGUACUUCUGGAUGUCGAGGCGCGCUCAAGCUUUCAUCCUGACUUCCACUUGAUCUGCUGGCAGAUCACAGCUGAGAACCGUCAGCAACUUCACGAGGAGAACCCUUCCGUAGUGGCCCACAAGAUCAUGGGAAUAAGUAGCGCCGGUAGGUACAUUGGGACUCGUUUCCUCGAUACCCUGAACGUGAUCGACCCACCACUCUAUUGCAACGCGCUGUUUGGACUUGGUGUCUCUCUUGCCUGGGAUCUAUUUUGGCUUCCAGACAAUCUCGAGCAGUUCAUGGCAACUCGUCAGUAUCCCGCACUCCUGCGUGGGCCUACAGAUGAGGACGAAAUUAAUUUCAUUAUGAUGAGCCUUCAUGUCUUCGAAGAGGCCGUCCGCUGGGCGGGAAGGCGGUGGGAGCAACACGAAGAAUUGAACGAGAACGAGAACACUCAGAGACGACAAUUUUUGCUUAAUGAAGUCUUCGAAUGUUUUCCUUCGUCAUGGGAACUCGUCAUAAUGGUCAAUGUGCCUAGAGGCCACAUAUCCUGGGACGAGGUCCAAUUGACUGGGAUCAAUGACCCUGAAAUCUUAACCAUGGGUGACAAGGAGGAUGGCCCAGACAGAUGCCACUCUGUAUUUCAGACCUAUGAGAUGCUGCACGAUGGCCUCAUGGAGGUUUACGCGAGCCAGCUGAAUGAGGGCAACGAGGACAUCCUUUUUCGGGAUGGGCUCGAGAGAGCGUGGCCCCAGCUAUCCUUUGCCUUUCGGAAGCCCUCGUAUUGUCGAGACCCGGGGCCGAUGACGACGGGGCCAGUGGGAUCUGGUUCUCGGAAAAGAUCUCGUGAUGUUGAUGACAUCGAGGUGGAGGAGCGGGCCGCUAAGCGACGGGAAAAGUAA